CUCAACUGUCUUAUAAGAAGAGACUUCAAUCGGCACUUCUCCCAGAAAAUUUUGAGACUACUCCCUGCUGCUUUGUUAAGAGAGAUCUUAGACAUUAUUGUUGACAACCGUUCCACCACACCGCACCACAGGACUCGAUAAUGUCCCUGUCACGCUCAGAACACGGGGGUCCCAUUGGCACCCUGGUCCAUGGAAUCACUUCGGGCAUCGGUUUUGCAACGGAAGUUCACAAAUACAAGAAGGCAAGGAAAGCUGCCAAAGAAAAACAAGAUCAAGGACAGCAAGUGCAAGCACCAUCAGAAGAACAAGAUCGAACCCUAGAACAACACAAACAAGAAGAUGUAUCACAUUCUGCCUCUUCUUUGCCUCCGCCAUAUACAACAACACCUUUUAGCGAGAACCAGGAAGUUCCGGAUGCCGCAAGUCCAGCCCUAGUCGACUCACCUACUGCCCGGAAUGAUCUCGAGUACUCGUGGGAGCUCGAUGAAGCGCAGGAGCAGGUCUUGAAGAGCCCCGAGUACGCGCCCAGGAAGAGCAAACAGGGAACUGCCAACCCAGACAAAGUGAUUGCCGCUUUUCUCCUUCGGCGUCCUCCUCCUCCUGCUGCUUUGCUAAAUCCCGAUACCAAGCUUCUAUACCCGGUUGCAGUUCCUCAGCGCCGUCCUAAGGACAAGAAGCGCGGAUUCAUCCGCGCCUAUGCCCCUGAUUUGGAAACCGUUGGCAUUGACCAGGAGACCUGGUUCGACAUGAUUGAAUCACUGAACGAAGCAAGCCUUGCCAAUCCGUGGAUGAACGCCAUCAACCUAGCAUCGUUAGCGGCAACCCCUCUGCCCUUCGCAAUCUCCACAGCUAUAUCUGUGGCGAUCAUGGUUGCUACAGAUGUUGCAAUCGAGGCACAGAGUCGGUAUCGACAAAACAAAGCCCUCGACAAGCUGAACCAAGAGUUCUUCCGACCGCGUGGGCUCUAUUGUCUCGUGAUGACAUGGGACGCUACAGCCUCCGGCGCUCGCACUAACAUGGAUAUUAACACCACUAUCCAAGACACGAUGAAUGGCCAAGGGCGGAUGUCGCAUCGAUUCCAGUCUUCGAGCGGUGUCACUAACGGCAUUGAGUCAAUCCAGACGGCGGAGCUCAUCUUCCCGGGUCUGGACUUCCUCGCUAUGGCGUCCAAGGAUGAGCAAGCUGGCUUUAAGAAGAAGAUGGAGCGCGGAAAGCAGUUUCUAGAUGAUUACCUCGACCGCAGGGCACAAGCCAAAUUUCUCGCCGAGAACCCCAAUAGCCAUCUCACUCAAGCUGGAAAACCAGAAUUUGCGUCCAAGUACGCCGAUCCCACGCAUCCCAUGCACAGUAGUUUGUCUGUGAGCGGGAUGAGAGGGGCUUUACAGCAAAAUCGUGGCUUGGGCGCCCGGGGCGAGACCGGACGCAGAUUAGGAGGAAGACAAGACGGUGGUGGUCUCCUCGGGCUGGUCAACCUAGCUGCUUCCCAGGUGGCGGCCCAUCGUAAUCAGCAAAAGUACGACACCAGCCGAGAAAAUCCACCAGCGCCGUAUGGGGUGGCAAGUUCCGGGUACUUUGAUGGAGGUGAGUACCAGCAACAACAACCAUCCCGCGCUACGACUGGUGGACGUGUAAACGGAGGCCUCGGUUUGAAAAAGCUACUUCAAACGAAGGUACUUUACUUGAUGGUCGUCAAUAUGCCGACGGAAGAAGAAUUAGCCCAAGCACGAACUUUGACCGCUGGAUGGAGUAUUCAGGGGCAACAGCAGGAAUUGUAGGAAUGUUUCUAAGCCAGGUCCUGGUCGGACUGGUAAUAAUUUGAUGUGCUCUAGUGUGCUACUGUCUCCUGCUUAAUGCGCCUAUUCGCUGCUGAAUUCUUGAGUGCUACAAUUCACUAUUUCAGAUCGCUUUGAAUGAGUGACGGGAGACAGGUAUUUCUUUAAAUUGUACGCAUUUCUUUUCAAUCCCAGCAGCUGCUCCAUAUAUCUUUAGACGCCACUCCGGAUGGGUCUGACCUUGGCUGUCCAAUCAGGCCAAAAAGAA